AUGAAGUACUACUUCUAUCAUGGACUCUCAUGGCCUCAACUUAGCUAUGUGGCGGAAGAUGAAAAAGGCCACAUUGUUGGUUAUGUUCUGGCUAAAAUGGAAGAAGAUGGGGAAGAUAACCGUCAUGGUCAUAUUACCUCAUUGGCAGUGAAGAGGUCACACCGUCGCCUUGGUCUUGCACAGAAACUUAUGAAUCAAGCAUCACUUGCAAUGGUUGAGUGCUUUCAGGCCAAAUAUGUGUCACUGCAUGUUAGAAAAAGCAACAGAGCUGCUCUUAACCUGUACACUAAUUCACUUGGAUUUAAAAUUUUGGAAAUUGAACCCAAGUACUAUGCUGAUGGUGAAGAUGCCUACUCCAUGAUGCGUGAUCUUAGUGCUUUUUCAGAAAACAAGACAGAUAAUCAAGCAGAAAACAUGGAAAUAAAGUCCGACUCAGCAAUCAUAUCACAGUGUUGA